AAUUUAUCUACACCAGUACCCAGUGCUACAACAUGGCUGUCUCAGUACUUCGGCUGACUGCUGUCCUUGGACUGCUUGUCUUAAUCCUGACCUGCCAUGCCGAUGACAAACCAGCAGACAAGCCAGAUGACGCUGGCAAAAAACCAGAGCCAGACUCAGGGCUCCCAGGCUUCCUCAACCUCCUGGGCACAGAGAUCAUUGAGAACGCGGUGGCAUUCAUCCUCCGCUCCAUAACGAGGAGCACGUAAGCAUGGGACACAUCUUGCUUUUGUCUGGUUCCUUUUGUUAAGUGACUGCACUGCAUUAAAAUGAAUGAGAAACAC